GUACAGGCUCGUCUUACAGACAGCACACCAGAGAGGUGCAAGGUUGCUCUCGCCACUCAGGCAUCUUCCACAAUGGAGGUUGUGAAGAAUGUUAUAACAAGGGCCAUGCCUGUACUAACAACUGACGUCAUAGAAGAGCUGAUGGAUCAUCUAAAACAUAUUGGUGUUAACAGCAUUGAUGAUAUGCAAUACCUAACCAGCGAAGACUUGGAUGGCAUUUUGCCUCCAAUUCAAAGGAGGCGGUUAAUUCAAGCCUUCACUGCAGACUUGCAAGCUGUACUUGGCUCAACGUCUCUGCAACCGAAUGUCCAUCUGCCUGAAAAUCCACCUCUGACACCUGGUCCCAUGGAGGAGUCUUCAUCCCGGGAGACUGUUGUACCAUGGCACAAAAUGCCUCCAAACCUUAUGCUUGCCUUACGUGAAAAGAAGAGACCAAAACCUAAAGAGAGACGAGAGAUGAUCCGUAUAGUUAUUGACGAUGUACUAGCUAAAGAACGUGGAAGACCUGGAAGAGGAAAGCUGCGUGAGAUUGCCAAGAAGAUAGUACAACAAUAUCCCUCCUCUUUCCAAGACAGAGAGAUGAAUGGAACCACGGUAAUUGGAACUGGAUAUGAUUCAGUGUUCAUACAGCUUGAGAACAGACUUGAGAACAUUAGUAGGCCAUGUACCUUCAACUCGAGGCCAGCAGCAGAAAGGGGAGAUGAGAUAAGAAAGAAGUCCAGCCACUCGGAUCGAUAUGGAUGUGUGGAGUGGCAGCCUGCUGUUGAGAACACUCCUGAACUAGAGUCUAAAAAAGAUAACUUGAAGAACGAUUUCAAGACCCGCCAGCUGGAGGAAUCAGUUGUUCGCAAAUUGAUGACUGACACAUACUCCAUCCAACGAACUGCAAUCAACAAUGGAAGCACUGUGAAAACUCUAAUGGAGGAGUGGCCCUUCCUUUUUGAAGCUGCAUGCAUGUUUGACCACACACACACACUUCUUGGCUUGGAAGUCCAAACAAAGCUGGCAGAGGAGGUGUCCAGAAAGGGAAAGGGCAUCAAAGACUUUCUACAGUCCAGGGGGAUAAAGAUGGCACCCAGUAACAAUCUAGUACAGCUGAUCUCUGGGAUCGCAAAAUUCUUCAGAGAAAAGCCUGAACAACUCUUCCACCCAAGUGAGGAAUCUGCUGCUGCCGCACUACCACUGCAAAGCACACCUUGCAUCCUUACCAUGGGUGAUCAUCAUUACAAAAUCGCCGUGGACCAAGAAGUCGUAAACAACCACAUCAGCUCCAUGAUUGUAGCUCUGAGCUACACUUUUGCUGCAUUUUAUGUUUUUAACAUAAAGUACCCAAAAGACAUGGCUCUCACGCUGGAGUUCAUUCAAAGAGUUUUCCUGGGAAUAAAUCCAGAACGAGGGUCAAAGGCUGAGAAGAAGGGAAAGAAACACCCUCACUUGCCCCCAAGACUUCUGAAGUUCUUGUGUGAACUGAACAGUUUUGAAAACCCCUGGAUAGAAAUGUGAACAUGUGCACACAUGCGCGUGCGCGCACACACACACACACACACACACACACACACACAAAGCUGAGUUUCUGCUGAGGUCUGGAAUGCCCCUCAACUCCCACCCCUUAAUCGUUUAGGUGCGUGUUUCUUUUUUUUGUUCUUUCUUAAGAGACUUUGAAACCUGUUUGUUGGGAAUCAUAGACCUCACCCUUCAAUCCAAUUUAAAAGUUACAAAUAUCAAAUCAUUUUGUGGGUUUUGUAUGUUGCAUGACGUUCUUAAAAAUGACAGGGUGCUAGUCAUAAUGCAUACUUGAUGAAAUUUGUGGUGGUGUUAAAUAUUCUUGAAUUAAUUAUUUG